CAAAGCAGAGAGUCAUCACGGGCAAGGGAAUGAUUUCUCGUCCAGAAAAAAACUGUGCAAGAUUUUCCGUUCUAGCCUUUUUUCCGUGCUGUGUUUGCAACUAGCAUUGCCAAUCAUUUUCCCCGCGCUGGAACCGGAAAAAAUCGCCAUACCGUGUAACCAUUCGCUAGGGAAAGGAAGCAGGAAAACAGGUGAAAACGUCGCUCUCCAAUUUCGUCCGAAAGUGGCAAGUAGGGGGAGCAAAAAAAAAAAAACCUCCAAUGCCAUUGUGCCCGUCGUCGUUCCAGUGUGUCGUCAGUUUUCCGAAUCGACAUUAAACAGGAAAAGAAACAAAGCUGCUACUAACCUGCUGAUAUGUGGAUGGAUUGCGUUGCUGCACAACGAAACCAAUAGCGAGAUUGUGAGGUGGGGUGGGCCGCAUCGAUACAGUGGGAAAAAUAUUUCGUACUACCAAAACGAUUAUGUGAAUAGUUUUCCUCAGCAGGCCCAUUGCGCGCUGUGUUUAAAGGUGUGAGUGCGUGCGUGCACGUGUGUGUGUGUGUGCGGUGCGUGCUGUGUAUGUGUGUGUUAACCGUGCAUAUUGGUAUUGCGUGUGUCCCCCGUACAUCGUGUAUGUGUGUUUACUACUGAAACCACACACGAGCAGAAAGCGAACAAAUUGUGCAUUUUUCUGGCCUGAAAAUUGUGUCAAACGGUGUAUCGCAGGUGCCCGAGCCAGAGUGUGCGCCUAGUGGUUGGGGCGGGGGGAAACAAAACACACACACGGGGUGUCGUAUUGAAAGGGUGUCCCCCUUCUACGGAACGGGGUGGAACGAGUGAUAAUCCGCUCCACUAUCGAUCACAAUUGUCGGUGUCACAGUCAAAGGAAGCAAUAGUUUUGAUACACACUGGGAAGCGCAUCGUGUCCGUGCUGGGGACGGUUUAUUGUACACGACGGAUAGAAACGUCGGAAGGUGGCGAGCAAAAUCGGCGAUUUGUCACAUUUCCCAGUUUCCCUUUUGCAAAAGGGGUCGAAUAGGCCAAGGCGCCUCGUUGUGUGCGGUGUAAGCUAGCCAAGCAGUGAGUAGUGAAAAUUGUUCGCCAGUGUGUGCGCGCGCGAGAGUGAAGAAUUGCAUUGAUUCGCCUUCGUUCUGGUGUGUGCGUGCGUUUUUUUGGCCUCCGUGUGUCUGCUGUUGCCGAGUAUAGUGUGUGCUCUAGUGCCGGGGACUAGGAGUGAAAAAUAAUGAGUCGCCAUGAAGGGGUCAGCUGUGAUUCGUGCUUGAAAAGUAACUUCCGUGGAAGACGAUACAAGUGUCUGAUCUGCUAUGAUUACGAUCUGUGCGCGACCUGCUAUGAGGAGGGCGCGACCACAACCCGUCACUCGACUGACCACCCGAUGCAGUGCAUACUAACGCAAUCCGAUUUCGAGCUGUACUAUGGAGGGGAAGUGUUACCGGCGGACCAGCCACAGUCCUUCACCUGUCCGUACUGCAAGCGGAUGGGGCUGAGUGAUUCCGCUCUGCUGGAGCACGUUAGUGCGGAACACACCGAUACCGGGCUGGAGGUGGUCUGUCCCGUCUGUGCCGCACUGCCCGGUGGCGAGCCCAACUUUGUGACCGAUGAUUUUGCAAGGCAUCUUAGCCUGGAGCAUAGGAGCGGGUCCCGGGAUCUUAUCUCGUUUCUGGAUGAGCCAUCAGCUAUCCGCCAUGGAGGUGUCAGAAGAAUGCCACAUUCGGGCCGCGCUCUUGGUGGUCCACGAUCGCGCCGUUCCAACAUGCACUUCAGCUCGUCCGGAGGCGGGCUGUCCACGCUGUCCCCGUCCGGCAGAGAGUCGGUUGACCCAAUCGCGGAACUACUCCAGCAGCUGUCCAAUGUACGCCGUGGAGGUGCACCACAACCGUCGCAGCUGCAGCAACUACAAAUGCAAAUUCAACUCGAGCGACAGCAAGUCACCGCCGCUCGUCAACAGUUGGAACGACUACCAAGACGACAGCAGCAACCGGCCGUCGUGUCCUCCGCUCCGAACGCAACCGGUGUCAACAACAAUGCGAUCGGUGCGCCCCAAGCAAAUCCGAACCACACAAUCAUCACACUGAACGCCGGUGGCCGCGAUGGUCCGAUCGCAGCAUCCUCCUCGUUGCCAAUGGUUUCCACCGGUGUCGGGGUCUGCAAUGUGUCGGGUUCGGUCGGAAGUGCCUCCGGCGCCGGUUCCAGUGCGCAACAGUCGCAGUUUCUGAUGGCACGCUUCAUGGUGCCUACCAUGGACGAUGCCGAACAAACACAGCUGGGCCGUGAUAGAGCGGACAGAUCACAGUUUGUUCAAGCUUUAUUGUUAUCAACCAUCGCAAAUGUGCAGCCGUUUAACAAAAGCGCUGACGAGGAGCUUUCCGAUGAGUUGAGUUCCAUGAAUUUAGGCGUCGGUAGUACGUGCAGCACCGUGCAGAACAGUAGUGUAAAAAGGCCAGCAUCGGAUGACGGUGCCGAGACGGGUGAGCUGCUGCAGGAUGGUAGCGGCAAUGUUGGUGCUACGGACAGUAACUACGGCAAGGAGGAUGGAAAUUGUGAUAGUUUCAAGCUAGGUGCCGACACCGCCAACGGGGGCCCGAACGACGACUCGCCGAACAUGAUGCAUCCGUCGGCCCAGCAUCCGUUGGGACACCGUGGCGGGCACGGCGGGUCCGGCAAAGCGAAAGGAGGUAGCUCGACCAAGUCGGGCAUGGGCGGUGGCACCGGGGGUGGUGUGGGCGGCCCAGCUGAGCGCCGAGCGUCCCGCCAAACACCGCCGUCCGGUGGGGGCGUCGGCAAUAAUGCGGCCAAAGCCCGCGAACUGAAGCAAGCAAACUCUUCGUCAAACACUUCCACGUCGGUGUCCUCGAGACAGCAGCACCACGUGCCCGACUCCAGGUAGUGUUGUUUGGUUGGUAAAAUGGUAUAAGUUAUUUAGCAAACAGGAGCAGCAGAGGAGCAGCAUAAAAAAGCAGCAACAGCAGCCGCAGUAGCAGUAGUCACACAAACAAAACCAACAUUAUCUAUUUGUCUCUUAAUCCAUGGAAUGAGGUAAGGGAUGAUGAUAGCAAAAACUGGACGGUUCCGCACGACUGUAAAGGGAAUAAAUUAUAGGAAGAGUCGCUUAAAAAGGCAGAGGAAGUACCACGGAGGAUGAGGAAUAAUGCAUCCAGGCCUCACCUGGAUGUGUGUGAGUGUGUGUGUGUGUGUAAAAACAUAAAGCCAAGCUAAGGGACAGAUGCAAAACGAAGCGUAAGAAAAUUAUUAUGUGUGAUCACCCAAAACAAAAUGCAGAUAGAGAAUGUUUUGAAAUUCGGCGAAAAGCAAAUUAGCCAAGCACUACUUGAUAAUGUUGCAGAUCAUAGAAUACACAUACAGAGCUCGAACUAUGGGAACCGAACAUCGGAAAUAGGAAAUUCAUGCCACAAAAAAAGGAAAACGGACACAUAAACUAAAUAUAGCUAUCUUUGUAAUAAGGGAAUGGAAGCUAAAACACAGGACACGAUUCAGUGGAGGUGGUAAAGAAAAUUUUAGACGAUUUUUGAAGCAACUGAUGCCGUUGAAGUUGUGCGCCAGAUAGAUGGCUGGAAGAUGGUGAUUUUUUUCAUCCACAGAACACUACAAUUUCUGUUAGUCUCUUCUAAUCCAUCCGCUUAAGUUAUUCAUUGCGGUAUGGGGAUCUGCGCAACAAACCUAUUGUUUUUUUUUUAAUAAUUUAAAUUUUCAAGGCGACCCAGGGCUUGGUUGGUUGGUAGCGGCGCCAGUCUCUCAAACCCAUUCCCAUUUUUUUCACAUUACUUAAAUUCACACUAGUUAGCAUCAUGGAAUGGGGCUAGUUUCCGAUGACUUCACUUGAGGAAAAGAAGAGCACUAUAAACAUGGAACAAAUUAUCUCUUUUGAAUUAACGCUUGAAUCAUUGGAAUUCGAUCGUUAGAUUAGGAGCACACUCUCAACUAGACAUCUGCGGAAAAUUCCUAUUCUUGCAGAUACCGAGUAUAUGAUCUUGAUUCCUGUUAGUAUACCAUGGUCUGAGCAAAGGAGACAGUGUGGUUUUUCCGAGCGGCCUCCCAAGUCUGGUUGGGGCUUUGAGAGAAUGUAAAACAGAUGAUGGAUAAAUCAUUAAUCAUUGCGCAAAUGAAAUCAUACAACCCAAAAGAGCACCAUGCCAAGCUGAAGUAACCUAUAAGCUUAGCACUAGUAAUAACCGUGAAUAUAUGGACCUGAAGUCGGGGUGGGAACGAAUAGUGUACGUGUGCAUGACACACAAGUGAUUGAGAUAUUGUUCGCAGAGAGAUGGAGAGAGAAAGAGAGAGAGGCCAUUCAUAGUCGUGUUUGUUGGAUAAUUCUUAAAAUUUCGGUUAGAAUUGCAUUAUUUCAUACAAACAGUCCACGUGCUACGUGCACUUCCCAACAAAACAAAAAAUGCGUGGCAACUUCUGAACGGAAGACACAGACAGUAAAGAAAUUGCACACCACCCAUAUAAGAUAUAACAACAUCCACAUGUUGCUCCUUAGUUUAAUUUUUGCUCGACUGUGGAUUCAUGGAUGGAAGAUUCAGCAUGUGCCGAGCGUACGCUUUAUCCGAAUUAGUUUCGUACCGGAAUCCGCAAAGUGCGCUACGACGGUAGAAAAAGACGCAUAAUGUACAUUUAUAAUUUUCUUGUUUAUCGCCGUUGGUUUAGUUUUACUUCAUUCAAGCAUUAGUUUCAUGCUCAGAAUCAGAACGUUUGCUCAUGUUUUUUUUUCUUUGUUAAUAUGGUUUCGGUUCAUAGGCGUGGUGAUCCAACGGUCGACUGUGAAGCCCAUCGGUCCUGCGUUCGGAUCGGUUUUCAUUUUGAUACUAUUUUCCCAGCUGAAUUCAUACAUGGUUCUGACAAAAAAGUAUAUUUAUCUAGCGCUUGUAUAGAAAUUUAAAUUUUAAAAACAAUCGAUAAUUACAACAACAAAAAACAAGUAAUAUUUCAAUGUUGAAAAUAAAGCAAGACAUAGAAAAAAACA